GGCCGCUCGCGAGGGGCGGUGCCACGUAUGGCUGCGCAGGAAGCGACGGGAUCCGCCAGGGCUCAAGAGUGGCUGGCGCUCGCGCUCGCGCAGUAGUCGGUCCGCGGCCUCUGCAGGCCCGACUUGCGGCUGAGCGCGCCGAGUGACUUGCAGAGGCCCUGCUCGACCCUAGCACGCCGCAGCAGUUUCGGAGCUCCGAACUCUAAAAUGGCAGAGCAGCUUUCUUCAGGAAAGACAGCAGAUCAGGUGUGCACCUUCCUUUUCAAAAAGCCUGGUCGCAAAGGGGCUGCAGGUCGCAGAAAGCGCCCGGCCUGUGACCCAGAGCCCGGAGAAAGCAGCAGCAGUAGUGACGAAGACAGCCCUGUGGUUCGACCGGAGAAGAAGCGGACGACCCACAAUCCGAUGAUCCAGAAGACCCGUGGCAGUGGUAAACAGAAGACGGCUUACGGCGAUUUGAGCAGCGAGGAAGAGGAGGAGAAGAAUGAACCUGAGAGUCUCGGCGUGGUUUAUAAAUCCACCCGCUCGGCGAAACCCGUGGGGCCAGAGGACAUGGGGGCGACCGCUGUCUACGAGCUGGACACAGAGAAGGAGCGAGACGCACAAGCCAUCUUCGAGCGCAGCCAGAAGAUCCAGGAGGAGCUGAGGGGCAAGGAGGAUGAUAAGAUCUAUCGGGGAAUCAAUAAUUAUCAGAAAUACAUGAAGCCCAAGGAUACGUCUAUGGGCAAUGCCUCUUCCGGGAUGGUGAGGAAGGGCCCGAUCCGAGCGCCUGAACAUCUACGUGCCACAGUGCGCUGGGAUUACCAGCCAGACAUCUGUAAGGACUACAAAGAGACUGGCUUCUGCGGCUUCGGCGAUAGCUGCAAAUUCCUCCAUGACCGUUCAGAUUACAAGCAUGGGUGGCAGAUCGAACGUGAGCUUGAUGAGGGUCGCUAUGGUGUCUAUGAGGACGAAAACUAUGAAGUGGGAAGCGAUGACGAGGAAAUACCAUUCAAGUGUUUCAUCUGUCGCCAGACCUUCCAAAACCCAGUUGUCACCAAGUGCAGGCAUUAUUUCUGCGAGAGCUGUGCGCUGCAGCAUUUCCGCACUACCCCGCGCUGCUAUGUCUGCGACCAGCAGACCAAUGGUGUCUUCAAUCCAGCGAAAGAAUUGAUUGCUAAACUGGAGAAGCAUCGAGCUGCAGGGGAGGGUGAUGCUUCCGAUUUCCCAGAGGACCCCGAUGAGGAUCCAAUUCCCAUUACUUAGAUUUCUCAUAAUUCUUACAUUUUAAAAAUAAACAUUUUGUUGUUCUUUUGGAAAUCUUAA